GAUGCUCCAAGAAGCUAAUAGGGGCCGCGCUCAAGUCCGGGACCCACUCGCAGCGCCCAGCAUCCGCAGGGUCCCAGAGCCGCAAUUUGUUUGCCCAGCGCUCCCCAGGUUGAGGCCAGAGUUCUGUUCAGAACCUUCCGGUGCCCAGCCCUACUUCAGGAGCCCAGGCUGCCCCGUCCCCUUAGUUGUAGCUGCAGGCGUGGAGCCAUGAGCUGUCUUCUGAACAAUAUGGUCCUGGUGGGGCUGGCUCUGCUGGUCUGUGGAGCUCAGGCCUUUCUCCUUCCCAACACCACAAGCUUGGAGAAGCUGCUGAGCAAGUACCAGCACACAGAGUCACACUCACGAGUGCGCAGGGCCAUCCCCAUGUCAGACCGACAGGAAAUCCUCAUGCUACACAACAAGCUUCGAGGCCAGGUGUACCCUCCUGCCUCCAACAUGGAGCACAUGACUUGGGAUGAUGAGCUGGAGAGGUCUGCAGCAGCGUGGGCACAGAAAUGCCAGUGGGAGCAUGGGCCUGCCAGCCUUCUGAGGUCCAUCGGGCAGAACCUGGCUGUGCACUGGGGCAGGUACCGCUCUCCUGGGUUCCAUGUGCAGUCAUGGUAUGACGAGGUGAAGGAUUACACCUAUCCGUACCCCCACGAGUGCAAUCCACGGUGCCGCGAGCGGUGCUCAGGAGCCAUGUGCACCCACUACACACAGAUGGUCUGGGCCACCACCAACAAGAUUGGCUGUGCCGUGCACACCUGCCGGAGCAUGAACGUCUGGGGAGACAUUUGGGAGAAUGCCGUGUAUCUUGUCUGCAAUUAUUCUCCAAAGGGAAACUGGAUCGGCGAGGCCCCCUACAAGCAUGGUCAUCCCUGCUCUGCGUGUCCGUCCAGCUAUGGAGGAGGCUGCCAGAACAACUUGUGCUACCGAGAAAAGCCUCACAAUCAGAAGCCAGAGGUGGAUAUGAUGAACGAGGUGGAAUCGGCCCCUGCUCCCGAGGAAACUCAUGUCUGGGUUCAGCCCAGGGUGGUCAGACCCUCAAAGACCAAGAAGACCCCAGCCGUCAACUUCAUGACCCAAGUGGUCCACUGUGACACCAAGAUGAAGGAUUCGUGCAAAGGAUCCACGUGUAACAGGUACCAGUGCCCAGCAGGCUGUCUGAACGACAAGGCGAAAGUCUUUGGCUCUCUGUUUUAUGAAAGUUCUUCCAGCAUAUGCAGAGCCGCUAUCCACUAUGGUGUCAUCGAUGAUCGAGGUGGCCUGGUGGAUGUCACCAGGAAUGGGAUGGUUCCCUUCUUUGUCAAAUCUCAGAAAAAUGGCAUGGAGUCCCUGAGCAAAUACAAGCCAUCUAGCUCCUUCACUGUGUCCAAAGUGAAAGAGAUGGCCGUGGACUGCCACACCACAGUCGCACAGCUGUGCCCCUUCGAGAAGCCGGCCACCCACUGCCCCAGAAUCCAGUGUCCUGCACACUGUGGAGAGGAGCCGUCCUAUUGGGCCCCUGUGUAUGGAACCAACAUCUACGCUGACACUUCCAGCAUUUGUAAGGCGGCUGUGCACGCAGGUGUCAUCGUCGAUGAGGUUGGUGGUUAUACAGAUGUGAUGCCUGUGGACAAAAAGAAGAGCUACGUGGGCUCCCUUAGGAACGGGGUGCAGUCAGAGAGCCUGAGCACUCCUCAGAACGGAAAUGCCUUCCGGAUCUUCGCCGUCAGGCAGUGAAUGUGGCGACUUUGGGAGAAGGGGGUGUCAUCUACUGGGAUUUGGGGUCCUGCUUUUAUCUGUCCUUUGUCCUUUGGGGGUGGGGGGCUACAGAGAAUCAGGAAUCUUCCUUUCAGUGUCAUUGAACAUCUUGGGCCUCCAUGGCCUUUGGCGAGGGUGACAGAGCACCUCCCCCUUACGAGCAGCAUGCCGUGGAGUCUCUUGGCUGGACAACCAGUGCCCAGACUGGCCAGGUGGUGGUCCCCAUCUGGUGGCUCACCUCCUCUCAAGAGCUGCUCACUGAGACACUUCUUGCCAUGUUUUCUUUGGUGGUGGAGGGGGAAGGCUUUCAAACACUCAAGGAUACAGGUUUGAGAUCUGUUGUGAAUGGGGCUCUUAUCUGGGUGACAAGAGUUGACAACUGUAAGGUUACAGUCCAUCCUACCAACAGAGAAAUAGGGUCUGUGUUUGCUGGUCAGACAGAUGAGCUUCAGGGAAAAGACCUGGGCAAAACCUGGGCUCUGCCCUGGUGGUAUCUACCCAUGUUCACAUUCCCCAACCUUCUUGGCAGUCACAUGCUUAUAUGUCCAGCAGAGAUAUAGUUGGUAGCACUCCAGAGAUUUAUCUUGUCUUUGUCCUUGUCUGUGUGGCCUGUUCUCACAUGACCUUUGGUCUCAUGGAGGACCAAUGCAUCAGGAGCCUUCCCCACCAUUCCCUGACCCUCUGGCAUCUGCCCCACCCCAGGCAGGUCCGGGUGUUCUCCUCUGGGGCUUGGCUUCGCAAGAGGCUCCAGGUCUUAGAUGUCUGCUCACUCCUUAGAACAAGGGCUGUCUCAAGGCUGCUGUCAGAGUGGCAACUGAACAUCACUUCCCCCUGGUUUGGGUGACCUAGUUUUUAAGCUGUGGGAGGAAUGGAUUCCUGGCACAUUCCUCGUGGGGGUUACUGGAGUGGCCUGUGGUUGUAAAACCGCCCAUGACACACCAGCCACCAGAAAGAGGGGCCGGGACACACAGGAAGAACCCCUCAGCACUUGCCAGUGUCCCCAGGCUCCAAGAGUGUGGUGAACCCUGGCUUCCAUCACUUAGGAGCCUGGUCCAAACCCACUGUAAAAUGAAACAUGCUUUUGUAAACAGCUUUACUCUAGAGAAGGUGGUAUCCCACCCCAGUCCUGGGGAUGGGGCAGACUGCCUGUGAGCACUGGCUUCAAACAGGGUUUCAUGGUCCCGCCAAAUAUUUCUUAGACAAAAAAAGAGGGGGGCUAAAAAAUAAAACAUAACACUGCUCCCCGUCAAAAGGCUUGGGAGGUGGCUUGGUGGUUAACAGCUCUUGUUGCUCUACCAGAGGAUCUGAGCUCAGUUCCCUCCACUCACAGGCUGUUCACACUCACCCCACCUAUAACUAAUUCUAGGAGAUCUAGGAUCUCUACAGGCAUCACACACAUCCACAUGAGCAAAAUACAAGUGGCUCUUUAAAAAAAAAAACCUAAGGGAGUCUGAACAAAGCCCUCCCUGCUAGGGAGCCACGUGGACUUAGUUGGGUUAAAUGUUUAUUUGUUUGAGACAGUUUCACCAUGUAGUCCAGGCUGGCCUUGACUCAUUAGGUAGCCCAGGCUGGCCUCCUGAGUGCUAAGAUCGCUUUCCCCAAAUCCAUCCCUGCCUGGGAGUUUAUAAAAAGCACACAACCUUGAACCAGCUCUAGCUAGCCUUUCACCAGGCUGUUUCUGCCUCAUGUAUGUGGGUGUGGGUCUUUGAAGGCAUAAACUCUUCCACUCCGGAUGUUGGAACACAUCUGCUCAGCCUGUGGAAGGGGACUUCUGGUUGCUACCAAACAUCUGGGAAACUUCCCGAUGCAAAGAGUGCUGUAGAGCCCUUCACCUGGCCCCAGGGCAAGGUUGCCAUGGUAAGGAAAGCCAUACCCCUCCUGGGUUUCUGGAAUGAGCAACCAAUCCCAUAUCCAGGGGACUUGCUGUGUGCAUCGGUACUGGGGUCCUCGGUGCUCCCUGGCAACCCUUCCACUAGGCACAGAGCCUGGCCUAACCGCCUCGGUCAUCUUCAUCAAUAGUUUGAAACUGGAAUCACUGUGGAAAGAAAGGAAACAAAACCACCAACAACAAGACCUUACAUCAGAGCCCUUCUGACCCUGUGUGUCCGUCCAUCAGCUCUCCCAAGUUUAAAGUGACCACGCCCACACCAGCUGCAUCCCCACUCCGUCCUGGUCCUGCGUCUGGUGAUAGUUUCCAUUUGCUUCCGAGCUGUGCCCGGUCUCUUCAGAGGGGUGUGCCGAUUCUCCGUGAUCUGUAGGCUCUCUUGGCCCGCAGUUUACUGUGUGCUUUUUUUUUUUUCUAUGAAAAAUGAUAUAUUUUACAACUUCCUAUGUACAAAAGUUUAUUGUAAAGUUUUUGUGCUUCGCAUGAACAGGGCCACACUGGUUGUUGCUAUGGUUUCAAUAAAACGGAUUUGAUUUCUAACACA